GUGGCGGCCCGGGGAGCCCAGAGGCACCGAGGAAAUGGCAUUCUUUCUUCUCAUUGGACACUGGUCCGCGACACGCUUCUGCGCAGUCUGUGGUGGCGGCGUAACGCCUCGGGGAAGGGGAAGCCGGUGAAGGCUCGAACCGCUGCCUCUGGCUCUCUGUUUUUUUUUUUUCUGCUGACAGGGUUGGGUCACUGUCUGUGGCCCCGGUGCAGCCUUCCCCUUUGCUUCCCCCGCCCUGGAUCCGGCCCUGUGGGCACUAACGUCAGUUCUCUCGCUCCGCCGCGAGUCCCCUCCGCGUCCCCCGGCACGGAGGCCGUAACUAUGGAGAAUAUGGCGGAGGAGGAGCUGCCACCCCAGGAGGAGGAGGAGGAGGAGGCCCAGGUCAGGGUCCCGACCCCGGCCCCGGCCCCGGAUUCGGCGGCUCUGGACUCGGCUCCGACGCCGGACUCGGCUCCAGCCCCAGCCCUUGCCCCGGCCCCGGCCCCGGCUGCGGCCCUGUCCCCGUCCCUAGCCUCUGUCCCCGAGGAGGCUGAAAGCAAGAGACACAUCUCGAUUCAAAGGCGGCUUGCUGAUCUGGAGAAGUUAGCAUUUGUGACUGAAGGAGAUAUUGACUCUGCCAGUUCAUUGAACUCAGAUAAUCUGGACACAGAAAACAGUCAUACUUGUCCAUUGUGCCCUAAAGAAAAAUUCAGAGCUUAUAGUAACCAUAAGCUUCGUCGACACCUUCAGAAUUUACACUGGAAAAUCUCAGUUGAAUUUGAAGGCUACAGGAUGUGCAUCUGUCACUUAGCUUGUCGACCAGUAAAACCAACCAUUGUUGGAGAACAGCUGUCCAGUAAACUGGGUGCCCAUUAUCACUGCAUCAUUUGUUCAGCAACCAUCACCAGAAGAACUGACAUGCUAGGGCAUGUUAAGCGCCAUGUGAAUAAAGGAGAAACUAAAUCCAGGUAUAUUGCUGCUUCUACUGCCAAAUCAUCUAAUGAAAUUUUGAAGGAGGCAGACACAGAUAUACAAGUUUGUCCUAAUUACUCGAUACCUCAGAAAACAGAUUCAUAUUUUAAUCCCAAAAUGAAACUAAAUCGUCAAAUAAUAUUCUGUACAUUGGCUGCUUUGGCUGAGGAAAGAAAACCUUUGGAGUGUUUGGAUGCCUUUGGAGCCACUGGAAUAAUGGGAUUACAGUGGGCAAAACACCUUGGAAAUGCAGUCAAAGUUACAAUUAAUGACUUGAAUGAAAACUCUGUGAGUUUGAUUCAGAAAAACUGCCAUUUAAACAAAUUGAAAGUGGUGGUAGACAGUGAGGAAAAGGAAGAGGGUGAUGCCCUGGAAGAAGAUGGUACUCUUGGUGAUAUCCAGGUGACCAGGAUGGAUGCCAAUGUGUUGAUGCACCUGAGGUCUUUUGAUUUCAUACACCUAGACCCAUUUGGGACAUCAGUGAACUACCUAGACUCUGCAUUCAGAAAUGUAAGAAACCUUGGCAUAGUAUCAGUGACUUCUACAGAUAUCAGCUCCUUAUAUGCCAAGGCACAGCAUGUUGCCCGGCGUCACUAUGGAUGUAACAUUGUCCGAACAGAGUAUUACAAGGAGCUAGCAGCCAGAAUUGUCGUAGCUGCUGUGGCAAGAGCUGCAGCGAGAUGCAACAAAGGUAUAGAAGUGCUGUUUGCAGUGGCCCUGGAACACUUCGUGCUGGUAGUUGUGAGAGUCUUAAGGGGGCCUACAUCAGCAGAUGAGACUACCAAGAAAAUCCAGUACCUCAUCCACUGCCAGUGGUGCGAAGAGAGGAUUUUUCAGAAGGAUGGGAACAUGGUGGAAGAAAACCCAUAUAGACAGCUGCCCUGUAACUGUCACGGAAGCAUGCCUGGCAAGACUGCAAUAGAACUCGGGCCUCUGUGGUCAAGUUCCCUUUUCAAUACUGGAUUCCUAAAAAGAAUGCUCUUUGAAUCUCUCCACCAUGGUUUGGAUGACAUUCAGCCCCUAAUAAAGACGCUAAUCUUUGAAUCAGAGUGUACUCCCCAAAGUCAGUGUUCAGUUCAUGCCCCUUCAAAUCUCAACAAGCAAGGAAAGAGGAAAAGCAGCGAAAUGAUCAUAAAUACAGCCAAGAAGCAGAAGACUGACGUCAGCGCUGCACAUCCCCCCUUUUAUUACAACAUCCACAGACAUAGCAUCAAAGGGAUGAAUAUGCCAAAGUUAAAGAAGUUCCUGUGCUGUCUUUCCCAAGCAGGCUUUCGAGUGAGCCGAACUCACUUUGACCCCAUGGGCAUUCGCACAGACGCACCUCUGGUGCAGUUCAAGUCCAUCCUGUUGAAGCACAGCACCCCCACCUACACCGGGGGACAGUCCGAAGGCCCCGUGCAGACGGCGCCCGAGGAGACGGUGGCUGACAGGGUUGAAAUGUCGGUGAACGACAAAGCAGAAGUGAGCGGCUGCAGAAGGUGGUAAACCGAGAAGCCUUUCUUCUCAGGGUUCUACGACAGCCCAGUGAUUCUGUACCAACUGUAAUUCUUUUUUUUAAUUCUUUCAACGUAGUGAAAUAAGAUAAAAAAUUUAAAAAGCACUGUUUUCAUUCAGAAAAUUGGCUGUUUCUGACUUGGCUGGUGUGAGAGCUUUGCUUUUUAAGUUUUUAUUAUUUUAAAGAAAAAAAAAUUAAUAAAAACAUUUCAUGAUGAAGCCAAGUUUCUGACUGGGCUCACGCUACUGUUCAGUAAUUUAAAAAAUUUUCACAUGUAUCUCUUGGAAAUUUAAGCAUAUUCUGAAAGUCAUCCCUUAUUUCUUCUGGUACCAGGGAUCAAACCUAGAGUCUAGCUUAGUCUCUCAAGUAGCUGGAAAGCAGGCAUGCACCAAGCACCCAGCGUAGCAUUUUUUCUUCUUGAGGACAUCUCCACUGGUUUAUGGUGUUUAUUCUUGUAUGUAA